AUGCCAGAACCAACCCUCCCCACUGACCCCUCCGACCACGAACUGGUACCUCCCGCACCCUCUCCUCCCCUCCCACCAACCUUCCAUCAUCAUCGUCACCCUCCUAACAACCAAAUAACCCAACAGACCCAAACCCUCACUGAAGCUCUCACCUGCACAACCUGCCGCUUCCCCACGCCGCAAACCCCGCUCUCCCUCUCCCUCGCGCACGCCCUCCGCACCAACCUCUACAACCCAACCCGCGACCCGCCCUUCCACGCCCCCGAACCCGACGAACCGAUUUCCCCGCGCACGAUCCCGGACCCCUCGCCCCGACGCGGAUACCGCGCCCUCAUGAGCGCGACGCAGCGGCAUCUCUACGCGACGGCGCUCGAGGCGUUGGAGGCGGGAUACGCGAACACGGAUGCGAACGCGGAGGACGCGGCGCUGCGCGCGCGGUAUGCGCUGGACCUGCACAUCCAGGUGCAUUUGCUUGUGCGACGCGGGGUGUGGACGCUCUGUCGGAGUGGGGAGGAGGUGGAGGAGGUGCGCAGGUGGAGGUGGAGGGUGGGGGUUAUGGAUGGGUUGGGCGGUGGGGAUUCAAGAGGACAAGAGAUGGAUGGGCAGGGGCAGGGGAGGAAGCGGCUGACGCUCGGAGGGGGACGCGGGGGUUCGAAUGUGUCGGCCAUGGAGAUGUAUCAGCUGGCGCUGUGGAAACGGGGGUGGAUGGCGCGGCGGCAGCGGGUGGCCGAGGCGAGGAUGAAGUGGGCUGCGAUUGUAGAGGAGAGGCGGCGGCAGGUGGCUGCAAGGGACGCGAAGGAUGUGAGAGCCGCGGCGGCUGCGAGGGUUAUCAAGGUGAGGUUGUAUUGCUCGCAUGAGGGAUGCAAGAGUCUCAUACGCGAGGUCGAAGUCGAGCGCGAGCACGGGUAG